UUCAUAAACUAGAAUUCUUUGAAAAUGAUGCGAAAAUGUCGUUUCAUUGAGAAAUGAUGUGAUGACGAAUUCAUUAUCAUUGAACGUAUAUAUUCGUUUUGCAACGCGAAGCACUGUUUAUUCCUCGGAGAAGCGUCAGAGUGGUUUUUACGUGACUGUGAAGUGUGGUAGUUAAAACGAUUAUAAUGGAGUUUCCACACCUAGGACGAAAUUGUGCUUUUAGCACCUGUAAUAGACUGGAUUUCUUGCCCAUGAAAUGUGGAGCGUGUCUAGAGUCAUUCUGUUCAGACCACUUUGCCUACAUAAACCAUGAUUGCCCCGCGCCAAACACUAGAGAUGUGCAAGUACCUGAAUGUCCGCUCUGCGGGGCCCCAGUGCCGGGGAAGCGCGGGGAGCGCCCAGACGUGGCCGUUAGCGAACACAUAGACAACCAAUGCCAGUCUGACCCGGCUAAAGAGAGGAGAAAAAAGGUGUACACAAACCGCUGCGCGUACAAAGGUUGUAAGACGAAAGAAAUGAUACCAGUAGUUUGCGGCGAGUGUACUUUUAAUUACUGCCUGAAGCAUCGGCAUACUGCAGACCACGCCUGCGAGGGACCACUGGCAGCUAAGAGAAAACGUGCGGCUGAAGCAGCCACCGUCAGGUUACAAAGUGGUCAAACGAAUAAGUUCCAAACACCUCUCGCGAGCAACCCGGCCCGCGCUCGCGUCGCCACUCUACAGGACGUGCAGGCGGUGCAAGGCAAUAUGUCCGAGGACGAAGCCCUAGCGCGUGCCUUGUCGCUGUCCCUCCAGAGUUCGUCACUGGGUGCCGCGGGCGGCGACGUGGCCGUCGCGCGUGCGCUCGCCCGUCGCGUCGGAGGUGAGCAGAACUCGCGCUGUACCCUCUCCUAGGAGGCCUAAUGUAUCCCCAAGAGCCCUGGACUUAACUAGCUUAUAUUAAUGUGGGAUGGCUUUAUGGAAUAGAACGAGCGCGCUGAGAGAGUAGUGUUGUGCUGUUUGAUAGGAGGCCUAAUAGAUCUCCAAGGGGUUAAAUUGCUUAAGUGAGACUUUAUAUUAAUGUGGGAUGGGGUAAAUACAAGCUAAGCUAACUCUGCAGUGAUUUUGAUACCACAGUGCAAGUGUUACUUUAAAUCGAACUUAAAAUUUCUAUAAAAUUAUAACGUUUAAUAUAACACUUGCAUGGUCUGUGCUAUCAAACUCGCUGUAGAGUUAGCUUGGUCUGACUCUAAGAGCUUUGAGAGCAUAAGUCCUGCUAUAACGUCUCAUUGGAGGCCUAAUACAUCUCCAACGCUUGUCAACAUAACUAGCCCUUUGAGACAAUUAAUAGGCGAGAAUUGGUUAAGAAAACUUGAGCGAUAUUUGAAAGAUUCGUGCUGUAGUCUUUUAAGAGGUCGAAACGGCCUCCUAUGAGUGGGAUUAGAAAAGCUUGUUGUAAGUAUCUGACUGUCAGUGAUAAGCAUCAGUGACCUUGCCGGGUAAUUCUAAUAAUGAGAGUGAAUUUCUUUGUAAUAAAAGUUGUUAAAAUGACCAGUCUCUCAUGAGAUAUUUUCUGUAUUGCCUGUUCCUUCGCCAGUCGCAACUAUUGAUAAUGAUAAUACAUAUUACGUUAUUGUCACAAAUACUUAUAUAUUUAUGUAAUAAAUUAUGAAUAGUGCUUAUAAGAUAUCAAAUUGCUUAUAAAAUAUAACUGGUACGUUUUUUAAAUUACAGCAAUUUACGUCAUAUUCUAAGAUUUUAUUUUCACGAAAUAAUAGCGAAUAGGGGCGCGCUUAUAAUAAUAAAUGUACUUAUCUAUAUACCAUGUUGUUGUGAUUAUUAUUAUGUAUUCCGAUAUUUACAAUAGUGACAGAUUAUCUUUGUAUAUAAGACCGUAUUUAAAUUGUAUCCUAAAUAUGUAUGCUUAAUUUUCAAACAUGUUUAUAUAUUAUUGAUCUUUAUUGCGAUGUUCGAAGAGGUACGCCACAAAACUAUGUUUUUUUUAUUCGAUCAUUGAUUGGUCGAGUGUUGCGUUGCGUAUCUUAGGAGAUCGAAAAGGGCCCUAAUGCUUAGCUUUGCCUGUUCGUUAACAUUUUUCUUUCAAUAAUUAUAGCAACGUCCAGUUAUAAAAACCUGAACCUUGUUCUAUUUGACAACGUAUUAUUAUUACUUGCUACAUGCCUAAACGGAACUAAGUAGACCAGUGGCCUAUUUUAUAAAGCUACAAGUUACAAUUU